UAACACGUCGUGUAUCAGUGAUUUGUUCCGGAGGGCGUGUGCUGGCUUUGUAGGAAGGGCGCGCAGAUAGUCCCGCGUGGCUUUCUCUUGACAGCCUUCUAAAAUUUUCACCUCUGUAACGUCCGUCAUGAGUUUUCUCCUUUCUCUGUUACCUGGAACAUCUUCUGACACCCGUUACAAAGGCUGCUGCUCUGAACUUCGGUGGUGCCUCGCCUGCAGCAGGCAGGGGUCGGGACGGCGGCACUCGGCAGGGUGCGUGGCUCUGUGCACGGGCCUGCUCUCGUGGGCAACCUGUGGCACUCGGUCCAGGGGGUGAGAGCACGCAGGCAGGGCACGUGGACCGCUCGUCUGAGAGCGUCCUGCAGCGCCUCUGUGCUCUUAGGACAUGAGAAGCAUUUCUCAGGGGCGGCGUUGAAGGAAUUUGCAGGAAGAAGGUAUCGGUGAGUGCACCGUGCAUUUAGAAGAUGUGUUUGUGUGGCAGCGGUUCCAGGUUUGUGCAGGGCCAGCGUCAGGAAAGUGCACGAUGUACAGGAGCCUGUGUACACGCGUGCUGAUGGACAGGGAGCUAGCAGGCCAUCGCUCCUUGUCUUGAUGGAUGUUGGUUUGUAAAAAGUCUCGUUUCAGGAAUGUAAGCAUUGUUGGUGCUACCGUCUGUAGGUUUUCAGGCCUCUUCAUAUCCAUUUUGCUGGGUUGAUAAAAAGCGCAAUUGAGUUGCAGCGGCUGAAGGUCAUCUGCUCUGCAUGCCUCUUCCGUGCCAGCUACAACAUCUGCCUUGCACGCUGUUAUUUAUGGAGCCCCUUGAACUUAUGCACCUCAUUUACACCCUUCCCUGUUUCCAGUUUCUCCUCAAAACAAACUACUUGUGCUCAUAUCAUAUUAAGGAAAAUGGCAAAACCUAUCGGCUUUAUCAUUUGAUAGUUGACCAUGUAAUUUUUAUCUCCGAUACCUUCCAUUCCUCUCAGCAUCUUGAUUCUAGAGUCAUCUCCUGUUGCCAUAAUCUAAUACUAAUAGCAUUGUCAUUGUGGCUGUUAUUUUUCUGGGAGGUCAGGUUUCAGUGUUUGCUUUGGUUUUAAAGGUGUAAUGUGUAUUAACAGAUGUAGCAUGCUACCACUAUUGUUUUGAAAACAGCUGUGGAGCUUGUUUUAAAGUACCAUGGAGCAUAACUCCAAAAGCAAUCAACCAGACUAGUUAGAAAAACAAAAAUACUCUCCAAAAACUUAACAAAUUGUACGCACAGAGUGUCGUUCCCAUUGGCUUUUGUGGGCUGCCAGUCAGCCGCAAGCCUCUUGAAACUUGUUGUACAGGAUAAACUUCCUGCUGUUAAUACAAAUGUUUCAUAUGAAAGGCUGAAUAAAAUUACCCUAGAAAUCAGCAGAAUAUUAAGCGGUAACUUAGAACUGUGGGCUGGUAAUUAGUUUUUAUGUUUACUGCAGCCUUUGCGAGUCCUUCUUUCGGUGAAGAAGAAAAGCCGAUGAAAUCAUGCCCUGUCCUGCCUUGGAUUUCAUUAUUGCAGUGUGGUUUAUUAGCAUGGAUUUUUCUCCAAUGGAAACAUAUGCCCCGCAGCGUUAGGUAGGGUUAGCCAACAGGAAUACAGCUCACUAAGGUAGCAAAAUUAGCAGCAUGAUGUAAUUGGUUUGCCGUAGUGAAAGUAUUCCUGUCCUGAGGCUCAUGCUCUUGGCUUCUUAUCACACACAGUGUCUCAUUGUGCUGCUGGCUCACUGUGAGGGUUUCCAGAACAUCUCAGCUCUUAGGUUUUUAGGUGCAGGGACUAAAAAAGCGUGUGUGAGGGAUUGGGAAGGAUGUGUGCACAUACUCAUGCUUUUUUUUGUAGCAGCUUCCCAAAAGAGUAAUUUAAAUAGGAAUACGAUGAGUAACUUGUUGGGAGAAUUCCCAUCAAAAAAAAGAAAUGGGAUUUGUCUUUUAACCAGCCACCUGUGUGGAUGCAUGCUAUUUUUAAGAUAUUUGUGCAUGGAAUAGCAUCUGUCAGCAGUAUGGAUGGAUAUAUAGCUCAAAAAAGUAGCUGAUGUUACUGGUUACAACUUGUGCUGCAGUUGCGUUAAAACAUCUUAAGAUUUUUCCCAGUGAUUAGAGUAAGUAGAAAUUUGAAUUUAUUGCUCCGCAGCAUUCCCAGUUAAGAAUAAUUAAACGCAUGAUCUUAAGAAACUAGGAUCCAUUGGACUGCACUGGCAGCAGGAUGCCAGAUAGCCUUUAUAAGUCAGGCAUACACGACGCAGUCCGUGCUGUUUGUCCUGCAUCAAAUCCUUGCUGUGCCACGCGCGAUUCCAGCAUUGCAGAGCUGCAUCUCCUGGUGUCGGCUUUCACUGGCGCUGGGCUGCCGGCAGCUGCUGCUCCAAAGGGGGACGACGGGACCUCACUGCUCGCUGCUGGGGGAGCUGGCAUUCCCCAGAACUAUGCUGUUUAAGUUAUUCAUAGCACUGCAGCACUUGUUGGGCACAGUGACUGCUCCUGUGGAAAAAAAGGUGCGCCUGGUCGUUUGUGCAAACCUCUUUAUAGGCAGCGUUGCAUGCUUGCGGGUAUCUCUUACGAGAUGCAGGCUGUUCAGGAAAGUUAGUUCUGUAACGUGGACGCCGGUCUUAUUCCAUCAGCCAUAACUGUGUUCACCGGUGAUGGGCUUUGCUACCUUCCGGGCAAUAAACGCUUUUAGCCAAGCGUCUUUCACUGUUCUGUUCUUGGGGCCAAUGCUUUUACGUGUCCCUCACCAGGUACUUUGUGUGGCUAAACUCAAGUCUGUUUUCCACUUAACAACCCCUAAAGCAUAUAAGGAUUUGACAAAUCUGUUAAGAAAAUGAUUACAGAAUUGUUCUUAGGUGUCUAAGCUGAGAAUAUAUUGUUGGCCGUGGCCAUGGCUUACAGACAGCAGCAAGUAGCUGACCAAACCCUGAGUUGCUGUGAGGUGAGAAGGACAAGCAAUGGAAACUUCUUGGGCCCCUCUUCUGAUGCCUCAUUGUGAGUGAGAGAUGACGUGCACAAGUGGCAUGUGCAGCCAGGCUUAAAAUAGCCCCUCUCCAAUCCCCCGAGAGCUUACCAGGUUCCUUAUAUGUCCUGCUGCAGAUGCUACUGCUUUUAGGAGAGCUGUGCCGGUGUCCCACAGGUGUGGUUCAUCUGACGGAGUGCAUGGUGCUUCAUCUGAGGCCUGCCAACAUGCUCUUGAAUGUACAACAGAUCGAAAGAUUGCCAGAUGCUUUUAAACCAACUGAAAGAGAUAACAGGAAUUCAGGAUUCAGCUUUCCUUCAAGCAGCUCUAAAGGCUGCUAAUGGAGACCUAAUGGAAGCAGUCACCUUCCUCACAGAGGAGCAUGCUCAAGAGCCUGCUCAGGACACAGCUGCUGCAGAGCCAUCUGCUUGGGAAGGGAGUGCUGUGGGCAAACAGCUUCCACAAAAUGGUGCUGCACUCAACCCUAACAACAAAGAAGACCUCCACACAGUUGUUUUCAGAGGACUGGAAUCACCAAAAGGUCAAGCUGCAGAAAGAGAUGUUGAAAGACCGCAGGAAGUACAUUCUGCUGAAAACAAAAAUCGUUCCAAAAGGAAACGCUGUGAAGUUUGGGGAGAGAAUCCCAAAGCGAGUGACUGGAGAAGAGUGGGCGACUGGCCUGUUGGAAUGAAAAACAUUGGUAAUACAUGUUGGUUUAGCGCUGUCAUACAGUCUCUCUUUCAGUUGCCAGAAUUUCGGAGGCUGGUCCUUGGCUACUCUCUGCCACAAAAUGUACUUGAAAGUUGUCAUAGUCGCACUGGAAAAAGAAAUAUUGCAUUCAUGCAAGAACUUCAGUGUCUGUUUGCUUUAAUGCUGGGAACACGUCGUAAGUUUGUGGACCCUUCUGCAGCACUGGAACUUUUAAGGGAUGCAUUUAGAUCAGCUGAAGAACAGCAGCAAGAUGUGAGUGAAUUUACACACAAACUACUGGAUUGGCUGGAAGAUGCAUUCCAGCUUGCUGUGAAUGUCAAAAGCCCUGCAGAUAAAUCUGAAAACCCAAUGGUACAACUUUUCUAUGGCACUUUCUUGACUGAAGGUGUCCAUGAAGGCAACACUUUUUCCAAGAUCGAAACCUUUGGUCAGUAUCCCCUUCAGGUAAAUGGUUAUCGAAACUUGAAUGAGUGCUUGGAAGGAGCCAUGGUGGAGGGAGAAAUGGAUGAGGAGACAGCAACUCAGCCAGUGAAAUAUGGACAGGAGCGCUGGUUUACAAAGCUUCCACCAGUAUUGACCUUUGAACUCUCCCGAUUUGAGUUCAAUCAGUCACUGGGACAGCCAGAAAAAAUUCACACCAAGCUAGAAUUUCCUCAGACUAUUUAUAUGGACAGGUACCUUUACUGCAGCAAAGAGCUUAUUCAGAUGAAGAGGGAAGAAAUGAAGAAAUUAAAGGAGAGAAUGAUGCUUCUGCAACAGAAACUGGAAAGGUACAUGAAAUAUGGCUCUGGCCCAGCUCGCUUUCCACUACCUGACAUGCUCCAGUAUGUUCUUGAAUUCAUCACUACAAAGUCUGCUGUACCUGCGUCUCCUGUGUGUGUGUCUUCGUCUCAGGACUCUGAGACAACUGUCCUGCAGUCCCAAGCUGGAUCAUGCAUUUUGGACAUGCUUUCACAGCCAAACAACGUACUAGAAAGAAAGGAUACUAAGACUGAAGAUGCAGCUGUCUUUUUGGCAAAUUCCUCGCCGCAGAAAAAAAUGAAUGUGCCACUCCAGCCUUCUGGUUCACCAGCAGAAAUAUCUGAACGGCCAGCUCCUCAUGUGGUUUCUGAGGAAGAGAUGAACCUUGUUAGGACAUGUCUACAGAGAUGGAGAAAUGAGAUUGAACAAGAUGUGCAAGAUCUGAAGGAGUCUAUUACCAGAGUUAACCUAUCCAUUGAGCAAAUGUACUGUGACCCUCUCCUCCAACAGGUUCCCUAUCGUUUGCAUGCAGUCUUGGUACAUGAAGGGCAAGCAAAUGCUGGUCACUACUGGGCCUACAUAUAUGACCAGCCUCGAAAAAGAUGGCUCAAAUACAAUGACAUCUCAGUGACAGAAUCAUCAUGGGAAGAAUUGGAGAGGGAUUCAUUUGGUGGCUCGAAGAAUGCUAGUGCCUACUGCCUGAUGUACAUAAGUGAUAAGGUGUCCCGGUUUGUUGCAGAUGAAGAUGAUGGCUCAGAGGUUGGACAGUUUCAGAAGGAGGUUGAAGCCUUGCCCCCCGAACUGAGACACUACAUUCAAGAAGACAAUUGGCGACUUGAGCAGGAGGCAGAGGAGUGGGAGGAAGAGCAAUCUUGCAAGAUUCCUCAGAUGGAGCCAUCAGCUGCUUCUGAAUCACAGGACCUCUCUUCUGAAUCAGGACUAGAUCAGUCUUCAGUCUGUGAGCAGAGUGUUCGUUCUCUGUCUUCUGAGCAUGCCAUGAUUGCAAAGGAUCAGACUGCCAAGGCCAUUGCAAACACAGCCAAUGCCUAUGAAAAGAAUGGUGUUGAGGCAGCUCUCUGCGAGCCAAAGGAGGUAGAACCAAUGAAGGCCCACCUGGGAGAAACAACCUUUACAGUUCAGGCAGAACAACCACAAGAUGCUAAAGAAACAGAGUCUGCUGCCCAAACUAGCUCACAGGUCUCUGAAGUGGAAAUCCCCAGUGUGGGGAAGAUUCCUGUUAGAUCUGAUGCAGAUGGAUAUAAUGAGGAGGUGAUGCUGAGUCCAGCCAUGCAAGGUGUCAUCCUGGCUAUUGCAAAAGCCCGCCAGACCUUUGAUCGAGAUGGGUCUGAAGCAGGGCUUGUUAAGGCAUUCCAUGAGGAAUACUCCAGGCUCUAUCUCCUUUCCAAAGAGACCCCUACCCCUCAGAACGAUGCCCGGUUGCAACAUGUGCUCGUUUACUUCCUGCAAAACAAUGCUCCCCAACAGGUUGUGGAACGGACCCUUCUCGAACAGUUUGCAGAUAAAAACCUCAGCUAUGAUGAAAGGUCAAUUAGCAUUAUGAAGGUAGCACGAGCUAAGCUGAGAGAAAUUGGUCCUGACGAGGUCGAUAUGGAGGAGUAUAAGAGAUGGCAUGAAGACUACAGCCUUUUUCGCAAGGUAUCUGUUUACCUGCUUACAGGGUUGGAGCUGUAUCAGAACAGAAAGUACCAGGAGUCCCUGACCUACCUGGUCUAUGCCUACCAAAGUAACACCACUCUGCUGAUGAAAGGAACCAAUAGAGGAGUGAAUGAAUCGCUGAUUGCCUUGUACAGAAGAAAGUGUCUCUUGAAGUUGAAUGAGGUGGCAGCAUCUCUGUUUGUAAGUUGUGAAGAAGCUCGUGUGGCAGAGGGCAUUAGUAUCCUGAAUGAGCUGAUCAUCCCUUGCAUGCACCUCAUGAGCACCUGUGACAUCUGCCAAGAAGAUCUGGAUGCCAUUGAGGUCAUGAGAAACCGCUGGUGCUCCUAUUUGGGACAAGAAGACAUGGAUGCAAACCUGCAGAUGAAGCUGGGCGAAUUGCUUCCCAGGCUGCUCGACUGCUCUGCGGAGGUCAUUGUGCUGAAAGAGCCCCCGAAGAUCCGGCCCAACUCCCCGUACGACCUCUGCAGCCGCUUUGCAGCUGUGAUGGAGUCCAUUCACGGCGCCUCAACUGUGACUGUAAAAUAGAUGGCAGACUUUCCACCCUGAUAUGGCGUACUAUAAACCACCUUCACAGCGUCCUCCUAUCAGGCAGUAUUUAAAAGGGAGAGGGAAGAGAAUAGGUGAUUCAUAUUCAGACCUGUGUUUUUUGUAAAUAUGAAAGAAUAAAAAGCAGUAUUGCACUUUUGAGAUAAUAUGUUAAGUAAGAAUGCAAAGGACGUGAACCACUGUUACUAAUAUGAUCCAACAGGUACCUGACAAUUCCAUCUGCUUUAUAUUCGCAAGACCAAAUGGGGAGCUUUUUUUUUGUUUUGGCAACUUUCUACACUGUCCAGCAGGCACAUAUCACUGGGAUUGUGACAAUAGCAGAGGAAGAGAUUGGCUCAUCUAGUGAGCAAAACUAUUAGCUCUCAAUCUGUCAGACACAUUUACAUCUUCCUAAAUUAUUAGCUGCAAGACAUUAUAUAUUCAGAUCUUGCCAAGCUUCUGCUAGCAGAAGUCUGAAUUGUGUGAUUAGGAAGCUGAGAGGAACAAUGGCACUCACUCUCUAUCAUGUGGUCAGUCGUGCAUGCAACUGCAUAUUUUAGUUAAGUCAAACAGGCAUUUGCCUUUUGUAUUUUAACUGGCAAAAGAAAAUAUGCAGGAUUCUUCCUCUGAGAAAGUCGAAAGCAAAUAACGUCAGUGACAAGAGAAAGGACAGAACUGUAAAGAUUGCCUCCACCACGCUUGUGCUACAGUGAUAGCUGACUGGUUAAAGGACAUAAAACCCCUGAAGCGUAUUCCCCUCUUGGAUUGGAAAGUGAACUUCCUUCUCACCACUGGUGGAUUUUCAGUGCUGGAUUAGUGAUGAUAACUGUAAAGGUUAGAAUCAGCUCUUUUUAUUUUUUUAAAUUUUUUAAUUAACUUUCCUUAAAAAAAAAAAAAGCAAGCCCAUUUGGAUUUCCUUUCAUGAGCAGCCUGUAAUUGUGUUUGGACUCUGGCAAUUGUUUAAACCAGAUGCUCUAAGUAAGAGGAGAGGGUAAGCCUGUUUGUUAGGACUAUGCAGGUUUUCUAAAAGUGCAAUAAAAGCAUUUGUUCUAUG